AUGAAUCAUUUGACAAAAUGGUUAAUGAAAGAUCAAGAAGAGGCCGUUACGAGAAACCAACGAAAAUCCAUGAUGAUGUCUGCUGCUGCCUUGCAAAUCCAAGAUCUGGAAGAAGAGGAUUCACAAUGGGGUGGUUCUUCGAAAGGUCGUUCGUAUACUGCCAGAAACAGAAAGAUCAUGGAUCAACGUCUGAAGGCUUUAUACUUCACAGAUCCAUGCAGGAUGAUACACGACGUGGCCAACUACGAUCCAUAUUUUGUUCAAGGAAGAGAUGCGACUGGGAGAGUCGGCCUAUCCACUGAACAAAAGCUUACAUGCGCCAUGAGACAACUCGCAUAUGGGGUCACAGUCGACUUCUUUGAUGAUUACAUGGAUAUUGCAGAAUCCACUGCCAUCGAGAUUUUGGAACACUUCACCAGAGCAAUAUGGAAUGUGUACCAUGAGCAUUAUCUCCGCCGACCAACAUCAGCUGAUCUGCGACGACUUCUCGACAAGGCAGCAGAAAGAGGAUUUCCAGGAAUGAUCGGGAGCCUCGAUUGUAUGCACUGGCAGUGGAAAAAUUGUCCCACCGGAUGGGGAGGCCAGUAUACUAGCUAUAAGGGGAAACCAACAAUCAUCUUGGAGGCAGUGGCAUCCUACGAUACUUGGAUUUGGCACGCCUACUUCGGCCUUCCAGGUUCCCUAAACGAUAUUAAUGUCCUUGGACAGUCACCUUUGUUUAAUGAUGUGGCUCGUGGUGAAACUCCUCAGGUGAGCUAUGAAGUACAAAAUAGGCAUUAUGGGCAAUGUUAUUAUCUUGUUGAUGACAUUUACCCAAAAUGGGCCUCAUUUGUUCAAGCAAUCAAAAACCUGAGGACGUCGCAGACAAAACAUUUCACAAGGAUGCAAGAAGCAUACAGAAAAGAUGUGGAGAGAGCUUUUGUUAUUCUUCAAGCUCGUUGGGCAAUCAUAAGAGGGCCAGCUCGUGGAUGGAGUAAGGAGAAUCUUCAGUUCAUCAUGAUGACGUGCAUUAUCUUGCAUAAUAUGAUUGUUGAAGAUGAGCAUGAUGAAGAUGCAGCUGAGCCAUUUGAUCCAAAUGACAUUCCCACCAUACCAAAAAGGCACACAUAUAUGACAGAAUCCCUGAUCAAGACACCUCUGUUGAUUGCAAUCCAAACCGGCUAA